UUUUCAAUUCGUCACUUUCUUAAAGUUUAAUUUAUUCGUUUCCAAAUAAAAAUUAAUUAAAACUACUCUUUUUUUCAUUCAUUCAUUCAUUCAUUUUUACUUUAAUUUUUUCGUUUUUGAAAGAGAUGGACCCGGCCGCUGCUCAGCUACUACGUGUGUCGUCCUGCACAACCGUGGCAGCCCUCAGCGCCUUACUGCAUCACCAAGCCGACCUUCUCGGUAACCUCGACACAGUGAGUGUUUUUCUGAAUGCCGCCGAAUGUCUAUCGAGCAAAGCCCUGCUCAAAGCACUAUUACAACAACACAAUACCUCUCAGCACCAGCAGCACAAGGUCACCCAGGAGCAAUGGGCAUUGGCGUGCAUUACGCGCGCGCAGCAUAUCGAUGAAUACACCGGGCGGCUGGACUGGGCCGUGGAAUGUCUUGAAGCCGCAGAUGAUCUUAUGAGUCUGCUGCCGGAGGAGCUUCGGGUUCAGGUUGAGCAGAUGCUGGGCCGGGCGCGUGUCUUGGAGCAGUCCGCUGCCGCCGGUGGGUUGUCGCUUAGGGAGGCGCGCGAAAUGACCGACGCGGAGUUUAUCCGCUGGACUAUUGAAAGCAGAAAUAGCAUGUGUGUGCAGGCACUGGUCGAGAACAAGUAUUGGCUCGGUGGUGGGCGGUGGAAUGAGUGGUGGGAAACUCACGUGCACCUGGGUAGAUACGCAGAGUGCUUGCGGAUGGUGGUCGACCGGUGGCCCCAGAGCCUCGGCGACCCGGUAAGACUGGCCGCGCAGCUGAUCUACGGAAUCACUGCCAAGGACUCACCCACAGAAGCUCUGCAGUAUCGGGAUGAGAAGGGGGAGGGGGAGGAGGGGCAGUUUGGGGGCUCAGUGCGGCUGCCGGCUGAGAUCCUGUCCGCUUGCGCACACCCCGGCUCACCAGCGUCGCUCGUCCAGACGCUCCUUGCGCUUUCCUCAGCGGACCUCCAUGCGCUGCAAAUGGCGGCCUCGGCACUGCGCACAGCCGAGCAUCUCACGCAGCAGGUCAACCACCAGCUGACCACCCCCGACCUCAUUUCGCUCCAGCUCAGCCCCUCGCAACAACCCAUUGUGCUCAGCACCAUAAUCCAAGCAGCAUUGGCUCAAGACAAUCUGCAAAUAUCGCUCUGGCGCAUGCUCCAGCGUCUCCGCUCCCUCGGCGUCUUCGACAUCUCUGUGGAUCGGAUCAAGCAGCAGUACCUCCGCGAGCUCUUGUACCAGGGUGCCAUGCACGAGGCACGAGAUCUCUUGGACGCGCAGCCGCGGUUCGAAGGCCCCGAGUACGAGCGCGAUGCAUAUGUCCAAGCCGCCCACGACUUGAUCUGCCAGGCUCCACCGCUAAGCAGCACCGUUGGCAAUGGCGAUUCGGCGCAGUCUAUGCUGCAGCGCGCCCGGGCGGUUCUCAAUACGGAGCUGCCCAUGCAGUACCGCGACUACCCUGAUGUCCGGCGACUGCUCGGCUGGCUGACCGCCGCACAGCUGGUCGCGACGCUCCCCGCAGCAGCCUCGGAUGGCAGCGGCCCGGGCGUGUGCGCAUCGGAGCUCCAGGGCGACGCAUACGCGGCCACUGCGCUGGUACUUCGGCAGUACCCGGCAGCGUACCGGCGGCCACGGAUCCUGCGGCAAAUCCACAAUGCGCUGAUAAUGGAGCCCCAAAACACCAGCACCACCGGUGGUGAUUCGCGCAUUGUGUCCCUCGGCCAGGCUGUGCUGUGCGCGCAGAUGGCCGAUGCAGCCUUGAAUGCUGCUGACACGGAUGCUGCGUAUGAGUUUGUGCGGUCAUUGGCCGCGGCCCGUGCGGUUAUGGUUGCGGCACGGCAGACGCACAGGGAAGAGAAGGAAGAGGCAGACGCAGAUGGACUAGCCAGUCGGCUGGUCGCGCUGGUCUGCGACAUCGCCGUAAAAGUGGGCCUGCGGAUGCAGCAGCCGCAGCAGGUGCAGCAGAGGGAGGAGUGCCUAGCGCUGGCACUGGCUGUGUGCGACAGCGACAGGAUCGCUGAGCUCUUAAGGCUGACCGCCCCCCACCCACACCGCUGCUUGAACCCUCAGCUGCACUGGACGCUGUCCGUCUGGCGCUGCUCGGCCCCAUCAGCACCACGCCGGAUUCCGCAGCAGACGGCACCACUGUGAACGAGGGGGAGGGGGAGGACCUCGAAUGCAUACGCACGUUUGACUCUGCCAUCCUGCGCCGCUACCUGCACGUGCAAAAGCCCCACAACAAACGCCAACGGACGCUUCUUCUGCUGG